CCACAAAGCCAUGUCCACCACGAUUGUCUUGAUUGUGAUCAUUGUUUCGAUGCUGUCUCUCUCUGUGGGUACAGGUGUGGGUCUGUAUUUGUACAUGAAGCAGACGUCAACCACACCAACAGCAGCGGCAUCGAGCGCCAGUCCAGCGUCGUUGUCGCCAGCGAGCGCAACGAGCAGCCCGUCAACGCCAAGUCCAGCAACGACCAGCCCGCCAGCACAAAGUCCGCCAACAACGACGGCAACGACGGCAGCGACGACCGGCUCGCCAACGCAGAGUCCAGCAGUGACGACAUCUCUCACAGCACCACCGCCUCUGUCGCUGACCUCUGUAUCGACUCCAUCUCCAGCACCCGCUCCUUCUCCAGCACCAACACCAGCACCAGCACCAACACCAACACCAGCACCAACACCUACUCCUGCACCCGCUCCAGCUCCUGCUCCGGCUCCUGUUCCGGCUCCGGCUCCUGUAGUGGUCGUCCAGCCUGUUGUCCAGCCCGUGUUUGGAGCAAAUGCAUAUACCAUAAUGCGAACGAGUGACAAUACAUCGAGAGGAUUAGCCGUUGUCGGUGGUAGUGCCGCUGCAGGAACACCUGGGGCGUGAACCAGAACAAGUGUCUCGAUCUGGCGGGAAACUCUGUGCCGGCUGCCACCCAGGUAACAUCCUGGUGUGCAUUGAUGAAGAGCAACAACACCGUGGUCGCUGCGUUGGUCCAGAAAGAUCCGUCGACGUGGUCAUCCGCGGACCGACUCACAGCACUCCCACUCAUCGUCAAAUACAGCGG